AUGUCUGCCUCCGACUCUUACAUAAUUCAAGAUGCGUCUCCCGAAUCUUCCUACGAUCAAGACGAGAUUGACUCCCUUCCCUCCUCGAUAGACAGCAGUGAUAUAGACUCGGAGGAGGAAUCAGAUGCACAAAGGGAGUGGGAGGCAAGUCUGCAGCAGCUAGAAUUGAUCUUGACGAUGAUGAUUGUGCCGUAUGCUGGGAAAUACUUUGGAAGGAGAUUCGCAUAUUGGAGCUGGGCGAAGUAUAUGGAAUGGAUGUACCCCGUCGAGGUCCGGUUUACCAACAAGGGCGCAUUCAGAGCGGCUGGGGCUGUAGAAGCUGCCGCGACUUUGUAA